ACUUUCAAUUUACUUACUUCAAACUGAAAAAAAACCCAGUUGUUGUUUUUUUGAAUGGACUACAACCCAGAAAUUUAAUCAAAGGUGUUUUAGUUGAUCUCAGUUGGAGGGAGGAAAUGGACACAGUACAUGAAGCACUAGAUGAGGCCAAACUUGAGAUUGAAAAGCUCAGGGCAAACUACCAAAGUAAAGCUGAGUUGUGUGAGAACUUGAAAAGAGUCAACAAUGAGUUGCUAACCAAGAAUCAGGAGGCGAAUUUGAAAGUUGAGAAGCUCACUCAUGAAUUGUCAGGGAAAGAAGAUGAGCUUGCUGUCACUAAACAGUUGCACAAAGCAAUCGAGUCAAAACUUAAAGAAAAGGAGACUGCUGUCAAGCAUCUAAGUUCUACAAAUGAUAAGCUUCGUGCUGACAUUGCUGAGAUGCUCCAAAAGUUUGAAGAAGAGAAUAGAGGGCUGGCAUUGGCUUUAGAUGGUGCUAAUUCAACUAAUAUGGAUCAGGAACAGCAGAUUCGUUCUCUUGAACAAGAAAUUGAGGGGCUAAGGGCUUCGGCUUCACAGAAGAAAAAGUCCUUGGAAGUUGAUGAGAAGAGAGCCAAAGCAUCCAAAGAGCUGAGAAACACCGAUGAUAUGCUACUGGAGAUGGAGCAGGAAAACAGGAAGCUCACAGAUCAACUAAAAUGGAGGAAUGAACAGUUCAUUCAUCUGGAAGAGGCUCAUGGCAAGCUCAGGCAACAACUUAAAAAAUGUGAAGAAGAGAAAGAAGGGCUAGCAUUGUCUUUAGAUGGUGCUAAUUCAACUAAUGUGGAUCAAGAGAAACAGAUUUGUUCUCUCAAAAAGGAAAUUGAAGGGCUAAGGGAAUUCGUAUCAGCUUCACAAAAGAAGUCCUCAGAAGCUGAGAGGAGAGCCAAAGCAUCCAAAGAGCUGAGGCACAGUGAUGAUAUGCUUUUUGAAAUAGAGGAGGAAAACAGGAAACUUGAGGAACAACUUAAAUGGAAGAAGGAACAGUUCAGUUAUCUGGAGGAGGCUCAUGGCAAGCUCAAGCAACAGCUUAGCAAGUAUGAAGAAGAUGGUAGAGGGAUGGCAUUGGCUCUAGAUGGUGCAAAUGCAACUAAUUUGGAUCAAGAGCAACAAAUUCGUUCUCUCAAACAAGAAAUCGAGGGGCUAAGGGAAUUUGUAUCAUCUUCACAGAAAAAGUCCUCAGAAGCGGAGAAGAGAACUAAAACAUCCAAAGAACUGAGACACAAUGAUGAUAUGCUGCUCGGCAUGGAGGAGGAAAUCAAGAAGCUUGCAGAUCAACUUAAAUGGAAGAAGGAAUCGUUCAGUCAUCUGGAGGAGGCUCAUGGCAGACUCAGGCAACAACAUCUAGAGGAGGAGAAAGAAUGGGCUAAGGAGAGAUCCACAUUGCUAGAUGAGAUUUCCAAACUGCAGAUGAAUUUAGAUUGUCAGUUUAGAAUCUCAAAAGAUCUUGAAAGCCGUUUGUGGAUGUGCAAUCAGGCUUUAGCUCAUGAAGAAAGCAAGAGAAAAUUACUGGAAGUUCAACUUGCUGAGUCUAAAACAUCCUUUAACAGUGUCUGUGCGGAGUACGAGGAAUCCAAGUCUAUAAUUGAGAGCCUGACAAGUCAGAGGGACAAAGAAAUUGCGACUCUAAGAGACAUAUUGGGCUCAAGGGAUACACUUCACAAGGAAAUGGAAUACCAAUUCAGGAGGGUAGAGCAAGAGAAUCAUGAAUUGAUGACAUCCCUUAAAGAACUCCAGGAAGCCAAAAUUCAAGAAGCUGGAGCUUCUUCUUCCUUGUCAAAACUCCGAAACAAGCUCAGAGGCCUGGAGCAGGUGCACAAGGACUGUUUUGGUAAUCUCAAAGCCAAAGAAGCUGAAUGGGAUUCUAAAUUGGAGAAACUAACGGGGGAGCUUGAUCUCUACAAGUCUUCUGUACAGAGCAAAGACACUUUAAUUAUUGAACUUCGAGAGGAGUUGGAGACGUGUGAAUCACUAACAUUGCAGUUAACACUACAGAAUGAGGAGACUUCCAUGAUGCUGUUAGUGUUGAAAUCUCAGUUUUUUGAGCUCCAUCAAAGAAUUGCUGAUGAUUAUGCUUCUAUGGAAUUGGAGAAGAGAGAAGGAGUUGAGAAUAUCUCUACUCUAAUCAAACAGUUGAAUACGAAGAAUGAAGCUCUUGUUAGAGUUCAGGAAGAUCUCGAAGAGGAGCGUGAAAAGGUAGCACUGCUGUCAGAAAAGAUCGAGUCCUUGAAUUCUGAAGAACAACAACAGCUUCCUUUACAAAGAGAGGUUGAUACACUAAAGGAAAUGCUGAAAGAAGCAUCAACUUCUCAAAGUCAUUUGAAGGAGCAGGUAUUGCAUACAAAGAGUGACUUGGAACAAGUUCGUGAUGCCUUGGAUAGAGCAAAUGAAGAACUAGCUGAAAGUUUCGAAGAAGGAAAUGAACUGGAAUUUGAACUGCAGGUAUGGAAAUCUGUUGCUGAAAAGUUGAAAGCCAACUUGGAAGAAAACCUUCAAAUGAGGAGACAAAUAGAAGCCUCCCUCCUUGCCCAAGCAGAUGUUGAAUUUGACCUCAAACAAGAAAGAGAAAGCCUUGAACUCGAGCUGGCAGAAAAAGAUACAAGAGUGAAUGAACUCCAGCAGAAGCUCUUUGACCAGAAAAGGGAACAGACAGCGUUGCUCAGUGAAAAUAUUGAGGACAAGAAGACUUCUCAGGAUCUUCAGAAGGAAGUGGAGUAUUUGGAGCAAGAGUGGGUGAGAAAAGAGCUUGAAGGUGCCAUUUUAGCACAAGUGGAAGCAGAAACAAAGCAUAAGAAGGAGAAAGAGAGCCUCCACCAGAUUGUUGAAGAGAAAGACCACAGAAUAUAUGAUCUUCAGAAGGAGGUGGAGUAUUUGGAGCAAGAGUGGGUGAGAAAAGAGCUUGAAGGUGCCAUUUUUGAGCACGUGGAAGCAGAAACACAGCAUAAGAAGGAGAAAGAGAGUCUCCACCAGCUUGUUGAAGAGAAAGACCACAGAAUAAAUGAUCUUCAGAAGGAUGUGGAGUAUUUGGAGCAAGAGUGGGUGAGAAAAGAGCUUGAAGGUGCCAUUUUUGCCAAAGUGGAAGCAGAAACAAAGCAUAAGAAGGAGAAAGAGAGCCUCCGCCAGAUUGUUGAAGAGAAAGACCACAGAAUAUAUGAUCUCCAGCGGCUUGUCAACUCGCUGGAAAAUGAGUUUGAAAGUUCAACUAGCUCAUUCUCAGCCAGUCUCUCGGAAAUGCAAGCAGAGGUUGAUAUGUUUCAUAAAACCUGGGAGAAGAUGAGAACAGCUGAGAUCCUAAAAGAGAUUGAAAUACAGAUGAGGAACGUGGUGAUCGUUGAAUUAGAAAAUGAAUUUUGCAAGUUGCAAAAGGAAGUGGAGCACUUGGAGAAACACGUGUCCAAUUCUGUUGGAAAAAGGACAGAGCUUGAAGAUGAAAUUGAAGCCAAAAGAUCAGAGAUAGAUGUGUUGCAGUUUAAACUUGAAAAGCAAGUAAGAAGCUCAGAUAUUGUGAUCAAGAACCUUCGUAAAGAAAAAGCGAAGCUUCUUGAAGAUGUCAUGAAAUUGUCAUCAGACAAGGACAAGUUGCUUGAUACUUUCAUGGAAUUAUCAGAAAGAAUUUCCCGAAUGUCUAAGGAAGAUAUGCAGCUAGCUGGUAAUUUGGAAAGAAUGGUACAAAACUGUUACAGCAGUAUGCCGGGAACAGACUCGAAAUGGGAUAAUGAAUUCUUUGACCCUGUUAAAGAGAACAAUAGCAGACACCCUUCCACUCCAACUUCCACUUCAACCAAGAGAUUAGAAGCUAUUCUUGAUGAAAGAUCACCGUUGAGAUCUCUCAACACUUAACAAGGAAAUUCAAAUAAGGAAAAGAGAAGUUAUUUUUUUUGUAUAGCUUCUUGACAAACUUGAUCUAAUUGUUGUUAUCUUGUCAGCAAUCUGUAACUGGCUCGGAAAAACACGUUUACUAGAGCUUCCAUUUAA